GCAAAGUCCUCCGGAAAGAAAAAGCGUCUAGUGCUAAGCCGGAAGACUGGACCCGGGACGGCUUUAGCGGGCCGCCCUGGCUGUGAUGAGAGCUGCUGGUGAAUCCAGGCCCUGGUGCGCCCACCCGCCCGCCGCAAGGAUGCUCCUGGGGUUUCGCAGAGGCCGCAGGCACCAGUUCAAACACAUCGUCCACGGCCUUCUCCCUGCAGCCAGCAUCGCUCCGAAGCCGGCCGUGCCCCGCACGCCUCCUCCCCGCAGCCCCAACCCGUCUCCAGAGAGACCAAGAUCCGCCCUGGCUGCAGCCAUCCUGGCGACGACACUGACGGGGCGGACCGUUGCCAUCCCCCAGCCUCGCCAGCCACGCUCCCGGUCUGAGAGUGACACGACCUCCGUGGAAAAGGACAGCUUCAUCGAGCCCUAUGCCACCUCCUCGGAGCUGAGACUUCGACUAAGUGGGCAGAGUGAGGUGGGAAGAAGGACUUCUCUGCCAUCCUUUGAGACACUGGGCUAUGGGGAAGAAGAGGACGCUGAGUCCCAGGUGUCAUCCAGCUGCGAGCAUUCGGGGCAAGUCAGUGCCCGGAGAGAAGAGGGAGGUCGCGUUGAGGACGUGUAUGCCGUGCCACACAGAAAUCAGGUGCCAUUGUCCCGUGGGGUGGACAGCGAAGACGAUGAGAGUACUUCUACUCAAGACGGGUUUCCGGGCUCACCUGUCACACCAUGGCAUACCCAGCAAACAGAUAAUAAACACUCUGUUCUGAAUAUAAAGGAUGAAAAACCUCCAUUGUGUGAAAAACCUCCACCCUCCCCAGAUAUUACUGGUAGAGCACGUCAGAGAUGUAUGGAACUAACCAAAGAAAAGUUUGAGGAGUUAAAAGAGGAAAAUUUGCACCUGAACAGUGCAAAUCAAACCCUUAGCCUUGAGCUAAACGUCAUGAGACAAGCAAUGAAAGAACUGCAACAAAAACUGAAGAGAAUGGAAAAACAGAAGGAAAAGCUAAAAGAGGCUGAGAAGGCACCAUCGCAAGAAGUUACCACACCUGAAUUACUUUGUCUACAAAAACAAGCUCAAGAAUUGGUGGACGAAAAUGAUGGGUUGAAAAGGACCGUCCAUUGUUUGAACGUAGAACUCAGUCGGUACCAGACAAAAUUCCGGCAUUUGUCCAAGGAAGAGAUUUUAAAUAUUGGAGGCCUCCCCUCACAGGGCCCUACGCCCCCCUGGUUGUUGGAUAUAAAGUACCUGUCGCCGCUGCUGCUAGCUUAUGAGGACAGGAUGAAAGAGAAGGACGAGCUCAACGCCACCCUCAAGGAGGAAAUGAGAAUGUUUAGGGUGCGAGUCCAAGAAGUGGUGAAAGAAAACGAAGAAUUGCACCAAGAGUUAAAAAAGAGCAGUCCCGUCACCAGCGAGGAAUGGCAAGUGAUGACAGAGCUUUCUGCACCUGAGUCUCGGUAUCUAAUCUUGUCGCCUGAUGGCAGGCGGCAGCUUCAGACUCAGGCGGAGCUGGUUUUGGAGGAGAACAAGUUGCUGAUAGCGCAGCUGGAGAUUCAGCAAACGAAAGCUACGGACGCCCACCAGGAGCAUCUCCAAGAAGUUUCCAAGCUGACCAAACAGCUAAUGCUUCUGGAGAACAAGACGCAGGAGCAGGAAAAGGAGCUGACCGAAAACCAGGAGCAGCUGGAGAGUCUGCGCGCCCAAUGCCAAGAACUCCAGGCGCAGCUAAAUGGCAAAAUCGCAAUGAAAGUCCAUACGUCAAUUGUAAACGAAUUAAAAAGCCAGCUGCAGAAGGAGGAAGAGGAGCAAAGCGCCGAGAUGGAAGAGCUGAUGGAGAAGUUGACGGUGCUGCAGGUGCAGAGAAAGAGCCUGCUGAUGGAGAAGAACAAUUUGAUGGCGAAAAACAAAGCGCUGGAAGCUGAAUGUGAAAGGGCACAGAAAAUAAAUAGGAGAUCUCAAAAGAAAAUCGACGUCCUCAAAAAGCAGGUGGAGAAGGCCAUGGGGAACGAGAUGUCUGCUCACCAGUACUUGGCGAACCUCGUUGGCCUGGCGGAGAACGUGACCCAGGAGCGGGACAGUCUCAUGCACUUGGCUAAAUGUUUAGAAAGUGAGAAGCAUGGAGUUAUGAACAAAAUCAUAAAAGGCAAUAUUCGCUUGGGAAAGUUAGAGGAAAAAGUUAAGGGCUACAAGAAGAAGACAGCGCUGAAGCUGGGGGACAUCAGCCACCGCCUGGUGGAGCAGCAGGAGGACUUCGCCGGCAGGGCGGCCCAGUACCGGCAGGAGAUGAGGCUCCUCCAGCGGAGGCUCAGGGACAAGCAGGACGUCCUGGACGAGGCGCUGCGGCAGAAGAGAGAAAUGGAAGGCGAGCUUGAAGUUAUCUGGGCGUGCACCUCCAAGGAAAACCGGAGAAUCCGAGAGCUGCUGCAGGCCACGCUGGCCAGGACGGGCGCGUGGGACGGCCCCGGGGACCCGGAGGACCCCGGCCGCGACGGCCUGUCUCGGGGAGACCUGCUGGUCGGUUGCGAUUUCAGCUACUGCGACGUGAAGCCGCCCGCCGUCGCCUGCCACCGCGUGCAGGAGCCCCCCCUGCCCGAGAGCCCUGCCGUGCCCAGGCUGGGCACGGACGGUCCCCUGCCCCCCGAGGACAGCCCGCAGCGGCAGGGGGACUCGCAGAAGCCCUCCGAGCGCUGCAGGGCGAGCAGGAAAUGAGCUGUGUCCCUCUGCAUUCAAUCCGCUUCUAACGUUUCCUUGCUGAACUGCUUCCAGCAGCCGCAGUGCCACUGAGGCCAGCUCGGUGAGGCCCGCGCCCAGGGUGGCAGGUCACGCGCGGCGCUGGCCUGUCUCCCAGCUCUCAGAUGUGUGGCUGGGAACGCAGGGGAGGGACAGGGCAGGCGGGACAAACCCUGGUGCUGGCGUCAGACGGAGGUGUCGCCGGGGCAGCCCGUCGCCGGGGGAGCCCGUUGCCGGGGGCGGUGGUGACGACGGCCGUGUGCCGCCCCGGGUGGCGUUUUCUCGUUUGCUAAACUCCAAGUUGCUGGCACUCGUGGCCUCGUAGGUUGCACAAAACCUGCUCUUGCCUCUUCCCUGACGCUUCUCCAGCCCCCGGGGAGGUAAUUUAUUCUGGGGCCACGCAGCUCCCGCCUCUGCGACGAAGACCCUGGCUCUGCACACCGAGGCAGAGUCGCUCCCUCCUCUCUGCCGCCACCGAGAGGGGACCAGGGCCCGAGGGGGGGCCCCUCUGUGCCGUCUCUGGUAACUUAUCCCGGCCGCUCGGGCCCCCGCUGGGGUUGCCUGGUGUAGGUGACAGACACCCACAGCCGCCGCCCGGGGCCUGCUGCCAGGGCUCAGGGGCGUCGGGCUACACGGGACCCCGAAGUUCGGGCGGGGAGGGCCGGCGCCCGAGAAACACACCCCCCCCCCAGCAGCGCCCGCGUGGCCCGGCCUUGCGCCGUGUCCCGGGUGGAAGUGACGCAUGCGAUCUUCGGUGGCUGGGUGGAAAGUCGAGAUCGAAAAUCCUAGUUCUUUCACACUUUUUUUUCUUUGCUGUCUUAAAAGGCCUUGAGUUCUUUCACAUUUUAUUAAACUUGUUCACCGUUUAAA